AUUCUUUUUCAAAUGCUUCAGAAACAUUGGAAACCAAAGGACAUGGUUUUGUUUUCUCAUGAUCAGUGUCAUAGUAACAGUGAAGAAAAUAUAUGUCUCCAAUUCCAAAGCAGUUUAUUACCAAAGGUGAUCUCUGAAGCAAGCUUCUUUCACUUGUUCUUGAAAAGAAACUUGCAAGAGGUUGGAAUCACUGAAGAAUAAAGAAAGCAAUGUAAACUCUCCCAAGAACAAAUAAAUCUUCCACCACUUGCUUAAAAAUGUGUUAUUCUGAUGAUUGAUUACUGCAUCCAUUUGUUAAUUAAUUUCCAACUUAAGCACUGUUAAAUCAUGAAAAGAAACAUUGAUCUUGAAGUUGAAGCCUCUGCCGAACAAGAAUCCGAAGUUAGCAGCCAGGUUGCAUCCAGUGUCUCUAUCCAAGAAGCCUCAGCAGGUCCUUACAGUGACAGCCUCGAUAACUCUUUCAUCAGGAAUCCAAUCGCAGUUCAUCCUAACUGGGAUGCUGCCUCACUUGACUUAACUCUCAACUUCAAGAACAAUGAGUUAGGGGCAACAAGAGAUUCAUUAGGAUUCUCAUUCUCAACCACUACUAGUGAGAGCAGCAAUGACCCUGCCUCUCAGACCACAGAAUCCACCGCGCCGCGAAGUUUCUCUUGCACUUACUGCCAGCGCAAGUUUUUCAGCUCUCAAGCUCUUGGUGGACACCAGAAUGCUCACAAGAGAGAAAGGACAUUGGCAAAAAGGGCCAUGAGAAUGGGAUUUUUCUCUGAGAGAUAUGCAAGUCUAGCUUCUCUGCCUCUGCAUGGUUCUUUCAGGUCUUUCGGAAUAAAGGCGCAUUCUUCGACAAUGCACCAUGGCUUCUCACCAACAAUAAUGAGGCCUGCUCCUGAGGUGAAAAGCAAUGCAAGAUUUGAGCAAGGAUAUGUUGGCCUUCCAAUGUUCUCGGAGGAUGAUGACUCGGAACUCAUGUGGCCGGGUAGUUUUCGCCAGGUCGCAGAUGCUGGCAAAAAUAAUCAUCGGGAGUUCAUACUGACUGGAAAUCCAAAUUUGAGUUUCACUGAGGUGAGUCCACCAGAAGAGAUAGAGAACUCAGCACCAGAUUUGACAUUGAAACUUUGAGGGUGGUUAUUUGGAACUGAACGAGGCUUGAGUUUGUUUUCUAUAUAGUGAUAUUCUUGUACAUAAGGAUAUGGUUAUUUGUGUUCUGUUUGCAUUGGUAUUUUGCUUUGUAUAAGAGCUCUGAGGAGGACAAUUUUGGAGCUUCCAUGCUUCUCAUAUAAAUGAUGUUUUUCAUUUACUGCAA